AUGGCCCCGAGACACCACCGCCACGUGACACGUCCCGCUCCCCCCGAAUCGGGCAGGCUGCUCCAUCGCAGCGACACGGACCCAACAAGGCGUGUCCGUCUGUCAAACAGAGACGGAAGUCCGAGGGAGGAAAAGCUGACGAGCGAGACAGGAUCCCAGCUCACGGACCCUGAUCUUCUGAUGCCACCCAGCAAUCGAGAGAGGAAGCAACUCCACCGACUUCAGCGCCAGGAUUACUGCCCCGCAGGACGGACCUGUGGAACUCCAGGGGACUUGCUCCUGGGCGGCCGGGCGGCAGGCCACCCCCUCCCUUCCCCCGCCCCCAGCCCGGCUGCGCCCGGAGCCGGGACUCGGGGGCGAGGCGAGGCGGCUGCUUGGGGAACCGCAGCCUGCCAACGGGGAGCGGCCUCUGUCCUUGUGGACCGCCCGGGCUCGCCCAGGGGGGAGGCGCAGGCACCGGGAGGGGCGAAGCGGCGGCGGCGGCGGCCCCUCUGCGCGAGCCCUGCCUGCCCGCGGCUGCCGCCAGCGCCGAGCCCUUCCUCCCUUCCCCGCCGGCCCCCGCCUCCCAGGGUGGGGCUUGCCGGGGCCGCCCCGCCCCGCCCGCGCCGCGCCCGCAAAAAGCCCCCGCCGCAGCAGGAUCGCGCCGCGCAGUUUCCGCUCGGCCUCGCGUGGAGCUCCGCCGCCGCCAGCAUGUCAACCAGUGGUCCAGCUGGAGCUGCCCCUGGCAGCAACCGCCGCCUGCAGCAGACUCAGCACCAAGUCGAUGAGGUGGUGGACAUCAUGAGAGUCAAUGUGGACAAGGUUUUGGAAAGAGAUCAGAAGCUGUCUGAGCUGGACGAUCGGGCUGAUGCUUUGCAAGCCGGGGCAGCUCAGUUUGAGACCAGCGCUGCCAAGCUGAAGAGAAAAUAUUGGUGGAAGAACUGCAAGAUGUGGGCCAUAUUGAUAGCGGUUGUGGUCGUCCUCUUGAUCAUCAUCAUUGUUUGGAGUGUGUCCUCGUGAGUUGCUGGAAGAAACCCUGAACUUGAUGAAGCUGUUUCAACAACAACAACAACAACAAACAACCCCAAAAAACUUCAGUCUCCUACAUCUAACCUGCAGUAAUGCCCAGCUUUCCAAAUGUUGUUUUGGAUAGAAGUGUUCGUGCCUUUAUUUAAGUGAUGCACUCCGAUUUGUAGAUGCAGUUGAGGUUGCUAAGAUCUGUGUGAACUAGAAAGAGAACAUUUGAAAAACCUCAGAAUUUCAUGAUCUGGAGUGUUUUGAAACUUCUGCUUUCUGGGUGCAUUUUAAUGGAUCCCGAGUGCCUUGCUUCUAGCCCACUUCCCUCGUGACCUGUUGCAGGGAUGGGAGUCAGUGCUCUUAUUUGUGCCUUCCUGGGAGAAACGUCCUCCCACAACGAUGCCAUAUAUUAACAGUUGUUGCCUUUGUUAGAUUGUGCCUUCAGAUUGAUUUGGGGGAAAUUGGCCAUUGUGGGCAAGAUCACACUGAACGUUUUGUACCUCACACUGAACGCUUUUUAAUGACUCUGUGGUGAAGUUGUAUAUGCUGCUGAGCACUUAAAAAAUAACCACAGCCACUUAUUGCUUGAGGCAUUUGCUCUAAAACUGCCCUACAGGGGUGCCUUAAAUUACUUGGAUCAGCACAAGCCCCACAAAGUUGUGUUUGUCUUCUGUGAUUCUGGAUGCAUUUGAUUCAAAAAGCAUCUGGGCUUUUCUGGCAAAACGAGCCCUGCAAGAAAGAUUUUCCUUGGCAUAUCAUUGGGAGUAGUAGUAAAUUUAUUACGGUCCUUAGACCAAAUCAUUAGGAUGUUAUAGACAUGAGCUCAAGAGUGCUUGUUGGUCCCCAAAAGCAUGCUUGGGUUGUCCAGAUACCCUGCCACACCAGUUUUAAGAAGCCUUGGUGGCCGAAGGUGGCUGCCUCUUCUCCCUACUUCAGAAGGUAAAAUACCUCGGCAUUCCGGCAGUUCUUACAUGCUGACGGGCCUUGCUGUUUCUUCCCCCACACCUCCUUUAUUUGGUUUUUGGUUUUUUGCACCAUCUCAAGUAUUCUUUUUCUUGCUCCCUCAGCUUAGGGACAUGCUAUGCGGGUUUAAAUGGUUUCAAGAAAGCUGGCCAAAUUUUUCUUGUACUCUUAGGAUAUCUCCCCUAUUCAUAAUGUGGUGGAAAUCACUAGAAAAUCCGAUUGGUAAGGCGAGGUGGUAAAAGUGAAUGAAGAACAUUUCAAAAGGGCGUGCAGGGGUCCAUCAGUGGACAGGCUCUUUUACUAGGUUUUCCUUCACAUUUGUGUCUUUGCGGUAUCUUUAUUGGUAUAACUCGCCCGACUUGAUUGUAGAAACACUUUUGUUUCUGUGGUUCCUGAGAAUGUUUGUUUACUGACUUAACAAUAUCUAAAGUUUUGGUCUUUGUUGAUAACAAAACAACUGUCAGUAGGAUGAUUGUGCAAAGCAUUACUUUGCCACUUGGCUAAAUGUAAAAAAGCUUUAACCAAACCUGUUUCUAGCCCCACCCCACCCCGUUGCUUUUGUCAGUAUUGUCACUAGCACCGCGCUUUCAUGACUGGUCCCCUGGUUGUGUUUGCAAGGGGUAACUUUUCACACCCUGGGACAGCUAAUAAAUAAAAGUGGCUUCUGAAA